AUGCAGUUCACCUCUAUCCUCGCUCUCGCCGGUGUUGCUUUCUCAGCCGUGCUCGGUGCUGUGGCCGCCCCGUGGGUGACAUGGUAUGUCGCCAACUGUGCGGCCAUCGACGGUGACGGGAGACUCACUACGGUUCUUCUUCAGCACGCCACCACGGUGUGGGUGCCCACCGCGACCGCGGUCACCACCCAGACGUACGUGGCCACGCGCGUUGAGGAGGUCUGGGACACCGUCCCGCCCUACGUCUACACCACGACGUUCCCGACCACCUUCGUGGGGGUCAAGACGAUGACGGAGUACGCGCCCGUCGUCACUGAAAUGCCCGAUAGCAUGCCCAUGCCCCGCAUGAUUGAGCAGUCAUGA